GUCGAAGUGCCAAGUUGAAAUCCCUCCUCAAAUUUUGAAAGUUCUCUCGUCCAGUGUGGAGUCGGGUUUCCGCGCUUGUAAUCGAUCUACGAGUAAAAACACAAAAAGGCGCUUCAAUAAUUUAGCAGUGCGCCUGGAGGAUCUACUGAGAAAAAAAACGACGUGUCCACAGAGAUGAUAAUCCUCGGCGCUGGACUGAGAAAAGUUUGAAACGUGAAGAUCGUAGAGGAGGAGGAGGAGGAGUAGAAAAAGAAAGUCGAGUGAACUUCGGUCGAGAGGGAGACGAAAAGAGAGAGAGAGAGCAGAAAUGGAUGCCUUCAGCACAAAGAACUUGGCGCUUCAGGCCCAAAAGAAGCUUAUGAGCAAGAUGGCCAACAAGACAGUGGCUAACAUGUUCAUUGAUGACACAAGCAGUGAGGUGCUGGAUGAGCUGUACCGCGUCACCAAGGAGUACACUCGCAAUCGCAAAGAGGCGCAGAAGAUCAUCAAGAACCUCAUCAAGGUUGUGGUCAAGCUGGGCGUGCUCUACCGCAACAACCAGUUUAACGCUGAUGAGCUUGCUCUGGUGGAGCGCUUUCGCAAGAAGGUCCACACACUGGCCAUGACGGCCGUCAGCUUCUACCAGAUUGAGUUCACCUUUGAGCGCCGUGUCAUGUCUGCAAUCCUCAACGAGUGUCGGGAGCUGCUGCACCAGGCCACUCACCGGCACUUGACCGCCAAGUCCCACUCUCGCAUCAACCAUGUCUUCAACCAUUUUGCAGACUGUGAAUUCCUGGCUGCCCUUUACAGCCCUUCCGAUCUUUAUCGUGUCCACUUACAAAAGAUCUGUGAUGGCGUCAACAAGAUGCUGGAUGAGGGCAAUCUUUGACUGCCAGCCCACUGCCCAUGACACACCUUGGCAGAAUGAACAAGUCACUGAGAGGUGCUGGCAAGUUGCAUUUGUCAUUGGCACUAGCUGAUUGGUCACGCAGUUCUGAGGACAGCGGCUCUCAAAUUACCAUAAGCAUAUGCAGGGGAACGUGAUUGGCAUAGAGACACAAUUUGGGGUGGGUGGGGGUUAUUUGAGCUGGCACUGACACAUAGUGAAGGUCUCGGGCAUGUUGGGUGGCACUGACAUGCUGAAGGCCUUAUGCAUCUGGACUGUCACUUAAACUUUGUGGAAUUGAAGCACUUGGGUUGGCACAGAGAAAUUUGGAGGCAUGAUGAGGCACUUGGGUGGAAUGUCAUAACCAUGAAGGAUAGGGGGUUGAUACAUGUACAAAAUGGGUUCUGUGGCACUUUUGUUGGUAAAAAUACAAGGGAGAAAUAGACUGGCACACAUAUCAGAACUCCAAAGGCACCCAUUUACUUGGAAUGGCAUCAAUCACUGAGCUGAUCUGACAAUGGAAGGCAGCCUGAAUUUGUUGAGUUUCUUCCUGCUUUUUAUUGUUUUUGAAAUGAUUCUUGAUUAUUUGGCAAACGCCUUGUAUUGUAUAAUUUCAAAAUAUGUUACAAAUUAUUUAAAUGUAUGUUAUUUCAAUCACAGACAUGUUUUAGUGAUUUGUUUUAUCAUGAAUGGGCCAGUUGUGGUUUAUAGAGUCACACACAGCCUUCUAGGGUAUCCAGAGUUGCUGGACUUUCACUCAAGUCAAAAACUGCCUUCUUGCUUGGAUUAUCCAGCACUUACCUGAUUUUCCUAACAUGGCAGAAGGCCAUUUCAAAGAAAGUCUUAUUAGGAGGGAUAGCUGGUGGAGGACAGAAGGAGGCCUCCUGCCAUCUCAUCUCCGACUCUGUGGCUCAAGCGGUUUUGCUUGCCUCAAGUUGUGUUUCCUAAUCCACGUGCUAUGUUUCAAAAUGCUAUACCAGCCUUCUGGCUGAUGCCCUGAACAUCUGCAAUAGAUGGUGGUGUUGGCAGUAAUUGGUAGAUCGGUCACAUCUGAUCAGAGGCCAGGUAACCCCAUGCCAUCUUUGAGCUGCAGCUACACUUUGGAGGGGGGAGACAGGAUCACCCCCAGCCCAGUGGAUGCAGUGCUUGGCACUUUAGGAUGCUCCAUUAUACAGUUCACCACUGCUUUUCUAUGCUUGUGUACAGUGCCACCCCUGGUGUCACUUGCUGUUGGGGAUGGCUUUUCUAUGAAGUUUUAAUAUGGUGUAUAUACUGUAUCUCUUUAUAAAUGAUUAGUAUUUUUGUUGUGUCAAAUUGUUAAAUUCUUUGAAGAAGGACACAUCUCUACGUUCUGCAUUUAUAAAUACAUGUCUGAGGCGCUAAGCCUGAUUUUAUCUGUUUUCAUGGGGCAUUUUAUGUCUUGAAAGUCACAAAGUUUUGACUGGUAGGCUAUGUAUGGAGUGCCUUUGUUUGCUAUAUGCUCUCACUUGAGACCUGAGAAUUUUCUAUUUAUAUGGUAUAAAAAAGACGCAAAGGUCUUGUUUUGAUCCCCACUUUUUCAGUUACAGGGUCACUUGGUGUCUGACCCUAAUUGGAAGUGGCUGGAAGCAAUACGGGAUGUCACAACAGUCUAAUAAAAGACACACUCGGGCCAAAGUAAAAGUGGCACCUAACCUGACGUGCUUGUCUUGGAGAUGUUGGAGGAAAUCGUAGAAACUGCAAAUGGGCUGGGAGUUGGAGCAAAGUCCUUGGAGCUGUGACUUUGCCCCAAGGACUUUGCUUUAACAAUACUGUGCCAACCUCCACGUAUUCAUUAAUGGGAGUGUUUUGAAAACUUGCAUAUUCUAUUAUGAGGGAGCCAAAACUUUGAUAGAUAUCAGAUUGAUAGAUAGAUAAUAUUUUAUUUGUCCCCAAGGUAUCCUGGUAUAAACUAACACCAGCUGGGAGCCCAGUGCCUCUCACUCACACAUUCCUGUUUAACGUGCUAAUGGGAUGUGGGAAGAAAUUGGAGUUUGUGAGAAAAACCACACAAUCUUGGUGAAAAACUGCAGAUUCCGUGUCAAAAGUCAUUAGGAUGGGCACUGAAACACGGUCACUGUGUGCCACUCUGUUGACCAUCGUGCCACACUGCUGAAUCCACUUUGAAUUUGCCAGGCAAAUUUGUCAAUUGAAUACAACAGAGUAGCCUGGGAGUAAUAACUGGGUAUACUGUAAUCUACAGUGACCUGGUACUGGGGUAAUAAGUAGGGAAAUCAGUUUAAAGUCACUAUUAGGUAAAAACAGUAUAUUCACAAAAUAAUACAAUAUGCCCAUGGACUCCAGUCAUAUUGUAAUACACAGAUCUGACUAAUAAUGACACGUUUACUGGAUUGAGAUUAUCCUCUGCUGGCCGUGUUUGGUGCACCGUUAAUACUAAAUACCAGCGCAUUACCUACAGCUCUUUCCACAGUCCGCACCAUCCCGAUGUACUUUACAUCAAUUUCUCCGGUUGUACUGGUGUAUGGAAGUUUAGAAUAGGUAGAUACAACUUUAUUUGUGGCAGAAUACAAUUCAAUCCACCGCGUUAACUAAAGUAAAAUGUAGUGCGUUUCUUCUCGGCCUCCAGAGCCGUCAAGCCAUUAUGCGAAGUGGGCGGCCGCCUAAGGACGUUGUCAUCCGGGCAUCGCGGGGCGGAGUUUAUGAAAACGCAAGGGGCGUCCGCUCCGGACUUUUCCGCAGUAUCGACACCGAGGAUUGCUGACUUCGGUAACUGAAGGGGCGAGCACCCUGGACACCGCAAAGCACCUCCACUAUCUAACCUCCAGAAAUAUAACAAGAAUACGAAAUGAAAGCCUUGGACACCGAGGAGCGCAGUUUGUGUAACUCAAGGGGCGUGCGCUCCAGACACCGCCUAGGGCAUCAUAUGGACAUUGAUCGGCACUGUCGACACGGUUUUAUAAUUAAAAACACAUCAACCCAUUGAUCGAUUACUUUUCACUACGCCAGACAAUUUUCGUGUCAGUUUAAAAUGCAAUACAAAAGCGUAUGGCAUGUUCAUGUAUGCCCAUAAAUCGUGUGCCGUGACUAAAAGCAACGCAAACAUGCCACAUACAGCUCGAGUGUAUUUAUUAUAUUUCGAUUCGAAGCUAUACUUUUUCGUGCCAGAGCUAAAUAUAAUCAAAUGACUAAUUAGCGUCAAAGGCGGUGUUAGAGGCGUUCUCAACAGUGUGUUAGACCAGCGAUAAAGACGGCGAAAGGGGAGUUGAUAAGGCAGGGGAUCCGCCGUCUCAUCAAACGGGUGGAAGCUGGCAAUGUAAAGGCAAAAAUAUAUAAUACCUGUUUUUCAUAGAGGGGUUGAAUAAAAAUGCUAACAAACCAAGCAAACUAAUGUUUCCCCUCGAAAAUGUAUCUGCAUGACUUAUAUUAGCAAUUAUAAAAAGAAAACAACUUUUGACAACUUAACAUGAGGGUAAACUUUUUUUUUUUACCUAAAACACACUUCUUGCUGUUUCGGUCUCCCUCUCACCCCUCUCACCUCGACUGAUGACACCCCCCGCCCCAACCUUUAACGUUGAUUAGUCGUUUGAUGACAUUUGACGCGGUUAUAGCGCAGCGGUCUCGAAUCGAAAUGCAGUAAGCUCUGCGAAAUGUAACGCGUUUACUUCGCUUUUUAGUUACCACACGCGAUCUAUGGCCAUGAAUGAAAAUGCAAUACGCGAUUGUAUUGCAUUGUACACUGACACGAAAAUUGAAUGGCGCAGUGAAAAAUCAAUUAACCGUUUGGUUGAUAUGUUUUUAAUUUAUGA